AUGGCUAGCUACUUGCAUACUCAGUCAUGCAUGUCCAACAAUGUCGGUAUUCUAAAAUAUUACGAGCUGGCGGGCAAGUUGGUGGGCAAGUGCCUGUACGAGUCGGCGCUGGGCGGCCCGUACCGGCAGCUGGUGCGCGCGCGCCUCACGCGCUCCUUCCUCGCGCAGAUCAUCGGCCUGCGCGUGCACUACAAGUAUUUCGAGCAAGACGAUCCCGAGUUGUACCUCACAAAAAUCAAGUAUGUGCUAGAGACAGACCUGGACGCAAACGACGCGGGCCCGGAGAUAUUCUUCUGCGACGACGUGUACGAGAACGGACGACUCGUCUGCACACACGAUCUUAUACCUAACGGCUCCAAUAUAAGGUCACAUAUAGCUGAAACAUCAGCGUGGUGCACACUGACGACGAGUUGGAGCGUAGUUGGCUGA